ACCAGAAUGAUUCUUUUAGAAUGUGAACCAGAUUCCUGACACUCCUCUGCUGGACACUCUUCAGUGUCUUCCCUUCAGUGCCACAUCCUGGGGCCUGUGACUGCCACUCGGACAUCUCCAGCCACCCUCCCUCUUGCUCCCUGGGCUCCAGCCUCACUGGAUUUCAAGCUCUUCCUGCCAAAGGACUUUGCACUUGCUGUUCCCUCUCUUGGAAGGCUUUUCCCUAUGAUCUUCAAAGCUCUCAGCUUCACUGUUGGUCCCCUUCUCAGGGAGGCCUUCCUGAUCCGUCCUGUCUCAGGAGCACCCUUGUCCCUGCUUCUUCCUCCUCGAUCACAUGCAUCACUUUCACAUCGCGUGUGUCCCACAUUGUGUUUACUGUCUGUCUCCCUCAUUAGAGUGUGCACUCCACGAGGACUUCUGGUUUGUGUCCCCCGUGCCUAGAACUGUGCCUGGCACAUGGUAUAUGCACUCACCAUUGUUGAGUGAAGGAGAUCAAGUUCCAGCUCCUUCAUCUAUUACCUGGUAAACUUAGCCAAGCAACCUAGCAUUUCUGAACCUCAGUUUCCUUGUCUGGACAAUGGGGAUGAUAAUUCUGAUAUUGUGAGGCCUCCAGGCAACGACGUCCGUGAAGGGGCAUUGACAAGUGGAAGGCUGUCCUUAAAUGUGACAGAUCAUCGUGAGGGUUGGCUGAAAAGAGUUCAACAGAGUCCUGCCUCUGCCGCCUCCUGGCUUUGACAGUUGCUUCAUGUCUCUGUGCCUCUAUCCACCUGUGGAUUAGACGGGGAGAAUAUAGUUCUCCUAGCUGACUGGGGUGGGGGAGCUCUUGGCGGAACUGAGGGAGCGGCUGGGCAUGGAGGCCAUUUCAGAACCGGGGAGUGAGUGUGGUGCCCAGGCUCGAGUCGUGAGUGGGUGCCGGGUCUCUGAGGCUGGGAAGGGGUGCCUCGGAGCUUGCCGGAGGACAGCAGAAGGGCCACAGUCUGUUCUGCCUUAGCACAUAUUUCUGAAUCGUGAAUUACCUCGUUCACGAUGGGUUGGAACAAUGGGGAAACGGUGUCAGCGGCACAUGGAAUUGCGUUGGUCCAGGGGUGGUUUUCCUAGUACCGUAAUGUACUGGAGCGACCGUAAGAAGAUUUCUCACGGUUAAAGAGCAAGCCUGAGCAGUGUAUGAAUUCCUUAAGAUAAACGCCGCCAGUCCUGCAGAAUGUGCCUUUCUUCAGUAUACAUACAUCCCUCGCUAUCCAAACUCUUCUAUUCACUGUCCAAAACUCAGGAACCAGGUAGAUUUGGGUAAUGCAGCAUUUCUUCCUACUGAAUUCUCCCAGCUCUCAAUGUCCAGACUCUCGCCCUCCCAGCUCAAGGACGCAAUAGACCUGGUGAGGGAGGGCUGCCCGUACGGCUGCUCAACACCGUCAAGUUUUCUGAUGAAAGUAGGAAACAGAUGAAGAAGUUGCAGAGGCAGUUCCUCUGUGUUAAAAAAAUGAUCGAAGAAGGUGGCUUCACCCUGGGUCAGAUUUUUAAUUUUGGUCAGUCUGUUUUCCAUUGGAAUCCACUGCCCCCCACGGACCUCCAUCUCAAAGGAGGACGCACUGGCCCGGCGGUGAAGGCUGCAGAGGGCCGGCUGACCGGGCGCUGGCUGCCACCGUCAGUGGAGAGUUAGCGGUGCUGGUGUUUUUUAUCAGGAUUGUUCUUGUUUUUGUUAGUGGUCUGGUUACAAAGUUGCAUAUGUUUUGAGUAGUCUGCCCCAGACUUAUUUUUCCCUUAACCUUGGUUUUCAUGCAUGAUUUUGCAAAAAUACACUUUUUUUUCAAGUAUAAAAAAAUCACUUUGUGGCAGAAAUGCCUGCAUUUGCUCAUUCUGGGGAAGCCCUUUCUUCCUGGGGCUGCUGUUAAGAGGCUGGAGACACUGCAGACAGGGGCUCCUCUGCUCCAGGAGGCUCCAGGUGCCCAGGGACAGGGUGGACCCCUGGGACGUCCAGCUCAGCAUCAACAAGCCUCUCAGUCCUCAUUCCACUUCCUGCCUGGUUCUGAAUGUGGAACCUCAAGGAAAGAAAAGGAAACCAGCUCCUACGAGAGCCUGCUCUGAGCCAGGCCCUGGGCUGUGUGCUCCACACGUCACUUCCCUGAAUUUGACGUAGUGGUUCCGGGCAUUGGAGCUGGAGUGGGUUCCAAUCCUAACUCUGCCUCUUCCUAGUUGGGUGACCUUGGGAGAUUAUUGAAUCUCUCUGUGCCUUGGUUUUCCCAUCGGUAAGAUGGGGUUACUAAUAGUUCCCACCUCAGGGGGUGUGGUGAGGAUUAAAUGAGAUAGUAUGUGCUCAUGAAACACAGUGGUGAAUAUUUUUAUGCAGCUCAUAGGAACCCUGGGAAGUGACUUAUUUGUCAGGCCAAUUGAGGCUGAGCUAUGUUCACCAAGAGACUCAAGAUGUGGACUUAAAUACGGUGGGACUUUGUUUCUCUCUCAUGACCCGGUGCGGGUGGGAGAGGGCCAGGGCUGGUGCGGCAGCUCUGCCAUCCAGUCUGUGGUUUCCAUCUCUGAGACUAAGGUGGCUGCUCUGUUGCCAGCAGGUUGGGGGAAGAAUCCCAGGGAGAGGUGUCCCUGUUGUUUUAACUGCAAGUCCUCCAUGUGGCACGUGGCAUUUCUGCGCACUGCCAUUGGCCAUCACGGAGUGGCGUGGCCCCUCCCAGCUGCCAGGGAGGCUGGACAUACAGCCUUCAGCGGACUGGUCACGCCCCUAUCUAGAACUCUAGUAGUAAAGUAGAACAUCUUGGUGAGAAUUACGCCGUGGUGAGUUUUAUGAUCUCCAUUUCACGUAUGAGGAAGCCCGUCUAGAGUCACACAGCUAGUAAGUCGUGGAGAUGGGAUUUGAACCCAGAUCUUCCUGUCCCCAAACUGCUGUGUUAGGUGCCCAAUUGUGGUUAGCUGCCUAGAUCCACGUCACCAGGAGGCUGUAUGAGUGUCACCUGGGGAAUCCUCUUGGACAAGAAGUGAGGCCUCAGAGGGCAGUGCACGGCCCAGGGGCGAGUCUGGGCCUCGGGACCUCUGUGAAGAUGCCUACGAGAACAGCGAAGUCUGCCUCGCAGCUUCCUCCGCAUCCGUGCUUCCUCCCCAGCGAGAGCUCCUCACUGUUCUGAAACAAGAAAGUUUCCUCUGCAGUCCCACCACCUUCCAGGCCGAUGCUUGUCUUCUCUUUUCCCCUCCCUCCAUCCCUUUUCCCCUUCUCUCUGUUCCCUCCCCUUCUGGCUCCUGUACACAGGCAUUUGUAGGGCCACAUACUUACAAUCCUAGCAGAGUGGCAAUUCUGUGUUCUGCUUUGUCUAUUUUAAAUUACACCCUAAGCAUUUUUCCACAUUGCUGCAUGAUAAUCACAGUUAUGCUUCCAAACGCCUGCUGUCACUCAGGGCUUGCUGCCCCACAGUCCCCUUCCACCCAGCCCCUGGAGGGAUGUUUCUAAGAUGCAGGUCUGAUCCUGUGGCUCCUCUGCAUAAAGCCAUUCCUGGCACCCCAGGGCCUUUGGGACAAGGGACAGGCUGCUGAGCCUGACACCCAAGGGCAUCCAAGACUGGUGCUGCUGACCCCUGUCACCUCUCCCCGAUAUCAGCCAGGGGCUUGGCAGGAAGCAGAAUUCACCCUAGAAGAUUCCAGUGAAGAGACUCUAAUGAAGGGAUGACUUCUAGAGAGGAGGGUGGAGGCAACAGACAGGGGAGUGGGGGACGUAGAGACAAGCAGCAGCUGUCACUGCCCCCCAGGCCUGGAGGGGACAGGGGAAGAGAUGGUGUUACAGAGCCUGUGAGAGCAGGUGCUGGGCAGAGGAGCCGCUGGCGGAGCUGUGGUCACGAGGGUCACAGGUACUGCAGAGACGGACCUGUGGCAGAGGCACUAGAGCAAGGAGCCAGCAGGGAGGAGAUAAUGCCCUCUCUGCUCUUUCCUCCCCCGCCUGCACAUCUCCUGUGGGUGCCUCCCGUGGGCUGAGUCCUGCUGGAAGCCACAGGGCCAGGGCGCCUGGGAGAAGUGACACGCAGGGAUCAGGGCAGAGAAAGGCAGAUGUGGGGCACAAAUGGAGAAUUUCCGGCACACCCCCAGCCCUCAGGCACUCGCUCUGGUCUCUGCAUCUUUGCAUUUGCUGUAUCCCUGCUGGGCAAACCCUGCUGUCCUUCUCACCCUGGCUAACUCCUGGUCCUGAGUCUAGUUUCGACACUCCUUUUCUGCACCCCAUCUUUGUGCUCGCCAUACAGCAUCGUGCCUCUGCCCCCUCCCUGCACUGACCUCCUCCAAGGCCUGACCCAGGGCUCAGUAGAUGGCGGUGAGCAGGGCAGGGACCAGGGGAGAUGAGUGAGGCAUUAGCCUUGGGCACAAAAUUUAAGGGAGUGAGUGUGUGUGCGCCAAAAAAAUAAUCAAGACAUAAUAUUUUAAUGCAAUAUUCAUAAAAAUCAGAUCAACAAACUAUAGCCUGUGGGCGAGCUGCCUAUUUUAUUUGAGUGUCCAUGGAAACCAGAAUAGCCUCUCAGAAGUGUUCUACUAUGAUGUUUAGAUUUUUUUUGACCUUGACCCAAGAUAAAUAAAUUUCACAUGUGACCUCCCUACUUCAUCUGCACAGACGUUUCUGGGCUGAAACAAAGCUUCACAAUGCAGGACUCAUCUUCCCUGAACACGAACGCGCCCUGAUGUUUUCUAGUCCAGUCUAGUCUCUUCGAUGUCAUUAAAAAAUGCUGCUCACAACUUUUCAAAUUCAAACCUGCAGUUUGAGAAAUGUCGAUACUGUCAUACUGUCCUGCUUAAUUUCUCCGUGGUCUCUUUGCUGCCUCCUAACUCUUAGGAUUUGUUGGCUUGCUCAUUGCCAUCCUGCCUGCGGGGUGCGGCCCCCUGAGAGCAGGGACCUCAUCUGGCUCGUCACUGCUGUCUUCUUGGCUCUGAGCACAGUGCCUGGCUCGCAGGAGAUGCUCCAUAAUACUCGUUGAGCCAUGUGCCCGGGCCCCAGCCCUGCCCAGACAGCCUGGAGCUGCCGCCGUGGGACGCCAUGGGCCGGCUGCUCCUGCUGCUGCUGCUCCCGCUGGCCCGCGUCCCCGCGCUGCCCCUCUACAACGGCUUCUACUACUCCAAUGGCCCCGGCGGCCAGAACACCGGCAAUGGCCGCGGCGAAGGCGUGUUCAACGGAGUGAAGCUGGUGGUGGAGAUGCCCGAGGAGACCCUGUUCUCCCACCGGGGGGCCAAUGUGACCCUGCCCUGCCACUACCGCUACGAGCCGGCCCUGGUCACCCCGCGGCCCGUGCGCAUCAAAUGGUGGAAGCUGUCGGAGAAUGGGGCCCCGGAGCAGGACGUGCUGGUGGCCAUCGGGCUGAGGCACCGCUCCUUCGGAGACUACCGAGGCCGGGUGCAUCUGCGGCAGGACAGGGAGCGUGAAGUGUCACUGGAGAUCCGGGACCUGCGGCCGGAGGACUACGGGCGCUACCGCUGCGAGGUCAUUGACGGGCUGGAAGAUGAGAGCGGCCUGGUGGAGCUGGAGCUGCGGGGUGUGGUCUUUCCCUACCAGCACCCCCAGGGGCGCUACCAGCUCACCUUCCAUGAGGCCAAGCGGGCCUGUGAGGAGCAGGACGCGGUGGUGGCCUCCUUUGAGCAGCUGUUCCGGGCCUGGGAGGAGGGCCUGGACUGGUGCAACGCGGGCUGGCUGCAGGACGCGUCGGUGCAGUACCCCAUCACGCUGGCCCGGCGGCCCUGCGGCGGCCUGGGCCUGGCACCCGGCGUGCGCAGCUAUGGCCCACGCCACCGCCGCCUGCACCGCUAUGACGUGUUCUGCUUCGCUGCGGCCCUCAAGGGGCGGGUGUACUACCUGGAGCACCCGGAGAAGCUGACGCUGGCAGAGGCAAGGGAGGCCUGCCUGGAGGACGACGCGCAGAUCGCCAAGGUGGGCCAGCUCUUUGCCGCCUGGAAGUUCCGUGGCCUGGACCGCUGUGAUGCCGGCUGGCUGGCGGAUGGCAGCGCCCGCUACCCUGUGGCUCACCCGCGUCCCAACUGCGGGUCCCUGGAGCCCGGUGUCCGCAGCUUCGGCUUCCCAGACCCGCAGAGACGCGAGUACGGCGUCUACUGCUACCGCCCGCGCUAGACCCCGCGCCGGCUCUGGACCCACCCGCCCCGCCCCCUUGCGGGCUUUAUUUAUUCACUGGUUCAUUUUCCCUUUCGAGUUGGGGCAGUUUUCAUAUUGUUUUUAUACUUCUCAACUUAAAAAUUUUUUUAAAAUUAUUACAAAUUUUUUUGUAAAUCCUACAGUUCCCAAAUCCUCCCUCUGCUUGUGUGGACACCCCAAGGCUCCCCCCCUCCAGGAUCCUCUUGCCCCUCUCCUCUGGGACCUUUGAGGUUUGUGGGCUCAGGAGGGCUCCCUUCCCCGGGGGCUGAUGCCCCGAGGGGGCAGUGGCACAAGGAGUCGGUGUGGUUGCUGCGGCUGUCCCUCACCUCCAGCCUGGGGGAGGGGGUGGCAUCCAGGGGGCUCUGGAGCUGGGCUUUGGGGCCUCACAGUCUCCUACCCUCUCCUACUUCUCUGUGAAGCUGCUGGCCCAGAUCAGCACUGCUGGCUGGCCGAGGGCUGGGAGCCGGUCCCUAGGCUUCUGUGUGACAUCCCAGGGAAGGGAGAAACUGCCCCCAUGCUUCCCUUCUCUUUUGGUUCCAAAGAGUCUGUAUUUUGUUUCCCAUUUUCCCAGAUUAUGGGAGUGGCCCUCAGGUGUGUGUGCUUUCUUUGGACAAUAAAGGUGCUAUGAUGCCCUCCCUCUGUA